AUGAAUCUCCGUCGAUUCGCCGCGUCCGCUUUUGUGGGCGUAUUGGGUCUUGCAUCCACCACCCCGCACAUGGAGGUGCAGGCUCAGAAGUGCACAGCGAAGGAAAACACUUUCGGUUUCCUCGUGGACGCGUUACCGACGAACUACGGUCUCAACACUUGCGUGGCUAACAAUGUCGGAACAAUCGCUUUGGCUGUUGCCAGCACCCUCUUCAGCAGUUGUGGCGUCUUGGAUAUCUACGAUCUGGUCAAGAAUAAUGAUUUCAAAGGACUAAUGAGCCUGUUCAAAUCCAUCGCUGCGAAACCCGCUGACAUCUCCCCGCUCGUCUACAAAUACAUGGCUGCUCAAAACGACGACAGUGUGGACAAUUUGUGUGAUGCCUUUAGCGGAGCUCUUGGACCCUGUGGCGAGAAGGUUUUUUCGAAACUCCUUCCGGCGUUUCUAAAGGACGACGUAUGCUGCGCUGAUAUUAGUGAUCUGAUCGACCUCCUCAACAUCGUCGUCCCUGCCGACAAGAGCAUGGAGUUUUUCAUAGUUAAUGAACUCAUCGACGGCUUUAACAGGUUUCUAUGCUCGAAGAAAGGAGACGCGUCGUGCGGUCUCGACAUGUUUUCGCAGUUGACGAAGAAGUAUACGGUUGAAAAUUUUGAUUUCUUCCAGCACAUGGUCCUCCCGUUCAUGACAGUCGGUGGGGGAGAGGAAUGCUCAGGAUUAUCAGGUAACCCUUACAAGGACACAGCUUUACAGGCAUCAGCUACGACCAUCAACUUCGGGUGCUGCAUACAUCAGAUGCGUCCGUUUAUCCAGACCAUUCAAGCCGCUGUUAAGUACGUUACCGGCGAUGAAAUCUGGGACAUCGCAAGCGGCAUGGUGUCGUUCAAGUCUCCCAAGGGUGGCUUCGUGGAUACCCUGACAGGCACCAAGACUUGCGAGUUCGAUGGUGAUUCGUGUGAUGACCCCAAGGGAAUGGCUGAUGAUCUGGAAAUGACACGUAAACCUGGAGGGAAAAACCCGGGCAAGAACGACCUGAUAGAUACCGACUGCAAACUUGUGGAUAAGUGCAGUGGAGACCAAUCCGUGUGUAGCCAAGUGUGCGAUAGAGGCUCAGUAGCUGUCCCGGAAUGGCUUAAGUCGACUCUGGCUUACCAACGUAACUUGGCGUUCAGUGGCCCAUUCUGCUUUGCUCAAAUCCCAGCUACACACAACAGCGCCAUCACACUUGCCGAUGGCUUUGGCAACCGUGACCAGCUCUUCAACAAGAAUUUGAAUCCGGAUAAAUGGUGGUCGUACCUCAAGACUAACAACCAAAUGCUGAGUAUGACCGACCAGCUCGAUAUUGGAAUUCGGUUCCUUGAAAUUGAUACCCAUUUCUUCCUCAACGACCUUCGAACGGGACAUUGUGGCUCUCUCGGCUCCGAGGCGGUAGCAGGAUUCUUUGGUACAUUAGGUAAGACACUUGGUAACUACGGCACGUACAACUGGGGACCAGAGUUGCUGGGUUGCUUCCCGUCGAUCUCAGGCAUUAAGGCAUCGGAGCAACCUUUGACAAAGGAUUCCAUGGAUGAGAUCAAGGCGUGGCUGAACGCAAACCCGACGGAGUUUGUCGUCGUCUACUUGGACACUGGAGCAGACAUCAAGCGGUCGGACAAGUUCGGAGCUAUCGACACUUUGUUUACCGAUACCUUUGGAGAUUCUCUCGUCCCUCUGAAGGCUCUGGAUGACUUGGCCAAGGGAAAAUGGACAGGUGGUCGUAUCAACGACUUUAUCAAUGCUGGACACCAGGUGUUGGCUCUUGCGAACACCAAGACAAAAGCUGCCUACAGUCUGUACGACAUGUGCACUGCCGAGAAGGAUCUCACUGUCGAAUUUAUCGACGAUCUACCAGAUGCUAAGCGUCUGAUUAACGGGCUUGCGAUCUAUAGCAACACGAACUGGAUCCGGUCGUGGUCAGAGCAAAUUCGAUACAUUUCGCUUGCAGCGUCGGGAGCCCUUACGAGGAAGUUCCCGGUGUUCUUGGAUGCGGAGAGUAUCCCCAAGUAUCUGAGGUGGAACGUGAACCUCAUUGCAUUGGAUAAUGCAGACAUUGCUAAGAUGGCAGCACUGGUUUGGUCAUGGGCAGAGAAGGAGCCGAGCACUACAGUGGCCGACGCAUAUGUGCUUAUGGAUGUGAAUGGCCGUUGGGUAGCCAGCACGGACGCGAAGAAGGGCUCACGGGCGUGUUGGGACGGCGCGAAGCUAGCGUGGUCCAUCGUCGCCUUUGCUAAGGAUUGUCCCGCUGGAACAGCCUUUAAAGCCCCGACAGAUCCAUCGCAGACACGUCGAUUGUGA